AUGGCGAGUCCGACGGCGGGCGCGGCUUGCCCCAGCCGCUCCGCGCAAGAACACCUGAUGUACUUGCAGGAGAAGGUCAAUCCGAUCUUGGAGGCCUUAGUGACGGCGGUGCUGCUCGAGCGCCCAGAGGAACCCGACUUCUUCAUGCUCAAGUGGCUUUGCGAGCAGACCAAGACCAUAGACGCGUCGGAGGGGCAGCGAGGCUCUUCUUCGACAACAGAUGAGAUCGCAGAGCUCAGGAAAGGGAUCGAGGCGCUCAAGGAGCGCAAGGCCGAGCUGGAGGCCAAGAAGGCCAGCAGCAGGACCGACUCGAAAGCAGACGCCCAGCCGCCCGAAAUGAAGUCCGACAAGUCCACGAAGGUGGACGAAGAGGAGGACGACGAGGAGGACGAGGAUGAUGAUGAAGGGCCAGACGAGAUCCCAGAGCCCCCGAAGAUGAACCGGGGGCCCCGGCAGAGCGUCUCCGCCGAGGCAUAUGGCAUGUGGAACAAGAAGAGCCUGGACUUUGCCGCCCCAGUGUACGAUAAGACCGUAGAGCAAAAGACGCGGAUCGAGAAGUGCUUGGAGAGCUCUUUCUUGUUCAACGGCCUAGACAAGCAGGACUUGAACACGCUGAUACUCGCCUUCAAGGAGAAAAAGGUCACGGCCGGCGAACGUGUCAUCCAGCAGGGUGACGACGGAGACUGCAUGUAUAUGCUCGAGACGGGUUCGGUGGAUUGCCUGAAGAAGGUAGGGGAUGACGAGAAAGUAGUCAAGACCUGUGACAGCGGCGAGGUCUUCGGCGAGUUGGCCUUGCUUUACAACUGCGCACGAGCGGCCAGCGUAGUGGCCACGGAGGACGGCACAUUAUGGGUGCUGGAUCGGGAGACUUUCAAUUUCAUUGUCAAGGACGCCGCCUCGAAAAAGAGGGAUACGUACACAGAGUUCCUGAAGAAGGUCCCCCUGUUUGCCAACAUGGACACCUACGAGAUGAUGACCGUAGCCGACGCCCUGAAGGUAGAGACGACGGAGAAGGACUCCCAGGUCAUAAAGCAGGGCGAUGUCGGCGACAAGUUUUACAUCAUCCUGAGCGGCGAGUGCGUGGCAAAGCAGAGCCUGCUCCCUGGGCAGCCAGAGCAGGAGAUGAUGGUGCACACGGCUGGGGACUACUUUGGGGAGCUCUCCCUCAUCAAGAACCAGCCCCGGGCGGCCAGCGUCUAUACGUCAGCGCAGGCCAAGCUCCUCUCGAUGGACCGCAAGACCUUCAAGCGGCUGCUGGGCCCCAUCGCGGAGAUCCUGCGCAGGCAGGCGGUGCGAUACGAGAAGCCGGAGGCCCCAGAGGAGGCCAAGUAG